AUGCUCAUCUCUCGCGGCACUGCUUGGGUCCUUGCGGCCAUGUUGGCUGUUUCAGGCCCUGCGGAAUCCAAGGGCCUAGCGGAUAUCGACCAUGUCAUCCUGUUCAUGCAAGAAAACCGUGCCUUUGACCAUUACUUUGGCACUAUGGCCGGCGUUCGCGGCUUUGCAGACCCAAAUGUUCAGUACAACAACGGCGUUCCGGUCUGGAAACAGCUGGUAACUCCUAACCUUAGCAAGGAUACUGACUACAUCACUCCUUGGUACCUCAACUACCUCGGAGGAACUUGGCCGGAGGCUACCCAGUGCAUGUCUGCCGGCUCCAAUGGCUGGGACGCCAACCAAGCUGCCUUGAAUCACGGUGCCAACGACCACUGGGCUGUCAACAAUACUCCCUACAGCAUCGGGUACUACAAGAGGGAGGACCUGCCUGUUCACUUUGCCUUGGCUGAGGGGUGGACCAUCGGCGACAUGUACCAAGAGUCAGUCAUUGCCUCUACAAACCCCAACCGUGUCAUGUGGAUUAGCGGCUCCAUCAACGUCCCAGGAUCUCCCCAGACCAAGGAUGAGGGCGGUUACCCUUAUAUCGACAACAAUGAGACUCCCGGUUGUGAUAAGGAUGGCAUCAACUGCUACCCUCUCAAGUGGAAGACCGUUGCUGAAAAGUACGAGGAGGCCGGCGUUUCUUGGAGCGUGUACCAGGACGCUGACAACUUUGACGACAACCCUUAUGCUUGGUUUGAACAAUUCCAAGAUGCCAACAAAGGAUCUCCACUCAACGCAAAGGGCAUGAAGGGAUUGUCUCUUGACACUUUUUAUGCUCAGGCCGCCAACGGAACACUUCCUGAAGUCUCCUACAUCGUUGGGCCCAUGCAACUUUCAGAACAUCCUCCCUACUCACCUAACGACGGAUCCUGGCUACAGCGCAAGAUUGCUGAAGCUGUUAUCAACUCCCCCAAGUACUCCAAGACCGUCUUGAUCGUCUCCUACGAUGAGACGGGCGGCUGGGCUGAUCACGUCAGCCCAUAUCAUUCUCCAGACGGAACCUCCGGAGAAUGGCUCGAAGAUCCGUACGGUGAAGCCGGCCGCACGCCCGCGGGCCCCGGUUUCCGCGUGCCUUUCUACAUCGUCUCGCCAUUCACCCGGAACGGCGGAGUUUACACUGAGCACUGUGAUCACACCUCACAAUUGAUGUUUGUCGAGAAAUGGCAGGCUGCCAAGGGUCGGGAUGUCAGGACGGAUGAGAUUGUUCCAUGGCGUCGCGAGAACAUGGCUGAUCUUGUCAACGCCUUUGACUUUCAGAACCCAGACUACAGUUUACCGAAUCUUCCGGAUGCUCCUGAGCCACACAAGAACAGCAAGGGUGAAUAUGAUGGCUCAUCAUACUGCGCUUCUCAGUAUGGUAAUGGACGACCUACCGUACCUUACACUGGAAAUGGCAAAGUCGAUGACACCAAGAGUCUUGCUGAAAAGGGCUUCAAGAACGUACGCGGUCUCCUCACCGAGGGUCGCACUCUUGUCUUUGAGACUUCAGGUCAAGCUCUGAGUGUCUCUCAACGCGGGAGGGCUGUCGGAUUGAGCGCUGCCACCACAAACCACGACAAUGUCGAGCAGGGCUGGGUCAUCCACGCCAUCGAGGUUGGCGGCGACGAAUUCGCCAUCAGCUCCGCCAACAACAAUCUCUAUAUAUGCGACAAGUUGAGGCUUUGCAAGGACUCUGACAACGCCAUUGUCUUUGUCGUCGAUUUCGAGCCGAGCAGGGGGUAUUCGUUCAAGGCCAAGGAGAAGGGACAGUACCUGGCUGCUGGAAGGAGAAAACAGCUCAAUUGGCAAAAGAGCCAGGCUUUCUGGAAUGUUUUCAGUGUGACUUACUAG